AUGAUAUUUCUUAUAAGUGCUGCAAAUUGCAUACCGGAAAAACUGCAAAUUUCACACCGGAAAAACGGAUUAUUUAUCGCAUUCUCAUCAAUUUGCACACCUCAAACUAUCAUCUUCACAAGACAGGUUAUCAUCACGGGGCAAUUAUCACGUUCUCAGGUACGUGCAAUUAUGUCACGUUUUGAUUCGUAUUCACGUGAAGAGCAGAAAGCAUUUAUCAAUGGUUUCCUGGGAAUGAUUUAUGAUAAUUAUGAUACCACAAGACGUAUUCAAAGUACCGUUGAUGGUAUCAAUCGUAUUGUUAUCACCAUUCUUAUCAUUUUACUUCUGUCUGCCACUAUUGCAUUAUUAUUUGCCUGUAUAAUGGGUUGUCGAAGAUCAGAAUCAGAUAUACUCGUUGUGGAGAAUCUGAAUCAGAUCAGAAUCACAUAUACUCGUUGUGGAGAAUCAGAAUCAUAUAUACUCUUCGUGGAGGAUCAGAAUCAGAUAUACUCUUCGUGGAGGAUCAGAAUCAGAAAUACUCGUCGUGGAGAAUCUGAAUCAGAUAUUUUCUCUGCGGAAAAGCAAAAUCCGAUACUUUCUCUGCGGAAAACAGAAUCACAUAUACUCGAUGCGGAAAAUCAGAAUCAAAUACUCUCGUCUUAG